AUGACGGCAGAUGUUAAUCUAACGCUUUGGUCGAAACUCGGCGUACCCGAUCGAUUAUUCGAGCCUUUGAGCGUGUCUCUCGAUUAUCACAACCAAACUCUAUCAUCGACCCUUCUCGGAAUGUUUAAUCAAGAGGCUGAAACUCGGAAAAAGUUGCAAUUCAAUAUGAGUAUCAGAGGUGUAAAACUCAGGUUUCCAAUACUUGAAGAAUUAGCAAGGAAUCAAACGUUGGAGUUAGACUUAAAUAUUAGGGGAUAUUAUUGGUCAUCAAGUGAUGAUUGGUCAUCAAGUCAUGGUUGGCCGACUAAUUUAAGGCAUCCCACUCUUGACAUGUCAAGUUGCCAGAAUGUGAGCGAUACAGGCUUGUCUUCAUUAACAAGCGGGACUGGCUGUCUUCAGCAAUUGACAUUAGCAUAUGGUUCUCCUGUCACUCUUGAUCUUGCUCGUAGUUUGCAGAGGCUGUCUAAACUGCAAUCCAUCAAACUAGAUGGUUGUGUAGUUACAUGUUCUGGUCUUCAGGCCAUUGGUAAUUACUGUGCUUCAUUACGGGAACUGAGCCUGAGUAAAUGCUCUGGUGUGACUGAUGAAGGCUUGUCUUCCUUGGUUAAGAAACAAAAGGAGCUCCGAAAGCUAGAUAUUACAUGUUGUCGGAAGUUAACUUGUGUAUCCAUUGCCCAGAUUGCGUAUUCUUGCGCGUUUCUCACAUCUCUGAGGAUGGAGUCUUGUACUCUGGUUCCUAGAGAAGCCUUCGUUCUUAUAGGUCGGAGAUGCCAUCUUCUGGAGGAGCUUGACCUUACUGAUAAUGAGAUAGAUGAUGAAGGUCUAAAGUCCAUCUCCAAGUGCUCAAAACUAUCGAUUCUUAAACUUGGAAUCUGCUUGAAUAUAACUGAUGAGGGGCUGAGUCAUAUAGGCAACCGCUGCUCUAAGCUUGUGGAACUUGACUUGUACAGAUCUAUGGAUAUUACAGAUUCAGGCAUCACAGCCAUUGCACGUGGUUGUCUUGCUCUAGAAAUGAUCAACAUAUCAUACUGCAAAGGCAUCACAGAUGCUUCGUUGAUAUCGAUGUCAAAAUGUGCAAAAUUAAACACAUUAGAAUGCCGAGGAUGUCCUCUUAUAAGUUCUCUAGGCAUAGCAGCUAUUGCAGUCGGAUGUAAGCACCUCACUAAGUUGGAUAUAAAGAAGUGCUACAACAUUAAUGAUUUUGGAGUUCUACCUCUUGCUCAUUUCUCUCAGAAUCUUAAAGAGAUUAAUCUGUCAUGUACAUCAAUUACAGACGUUGGCCUGUUGUCCCUCGCCAGCAUAAGUUGUUUACAGAGCAUGAUCAUAUUGCACUUGAAAGGAUUGAGCCCAAGAGGUCUAGCAGCAGCCUUAUUAGCCUGUGGAGGGUUGACAAAAGUUAAGCUUCACUCGUCAUUCAAAUCUUUGCUUCCACAACCACUUUUUGGACAUCUAGAAGCACGUGGCUGUGUGUUCCAAUGGAGAGAGAAAGUGUUUCAGGAUGAGUUAGAAGACUCCAAGUCUUGGAAACUGCAACUUGCAGAAAUGAACAAUGACUCCUAAAACUAAUCUUGCUUGAAAGAUGAUGACCAUGAUCUUGGAUUACAUACUUGUCCGAGGAUAAAGCUGAGGGGCUUUUAGGGGUGUCGCCGGAUGGCCCAAAGUUCAGACUUCAAAGUUUAGUUCAAAUUUGUCGGACUGGAUUAGACUCAAAAAGGGUUGGAUUGUAUUUAGACUAAAUAAAUUUCGGGUCCCUAAUAUC